AUGGCAAGGGAGCCAGCGACAGCGGCAGCGGGAACACACGCAGCAGCGGAGGCACCGGCUGCGAUGGCGGCCGGGAAGCCGGCGGCAGCGUUGGAGACGCCGACAUCGGCAGCGACAGAGGCACCGACACCGGCAGCGGCAGCGGCAGCGACGGAGGAAGCGGAGCGCGCGACGGCAGCGCCUGCGACAGCGUCGAAAGAACCGGCAGCGGACACGGAAACAGCGACGCCAGCAGCGCGGCCAUCCGCCGAGGCCAUACAGAGGAGCCAUAUGGAACAGCAGCACAGCCGGCGAGCAGCAGCAGAGGCGCGACGUUAG